AACAAAUUGUUCAACAUGGCGGCUGCGAUAAAAGCUCUGAACGCAAAGAUACGGUCUAAUCCGGUCUCUAACUACCUAUGCUCCACUCACUUCUGGGGCCCUGCCUCAAACUUUGGUAUUCCUAUCGCCGCAGUUAUGGAUACGCAAAAAGACCCUGAAUAUAUCUCGGGACCUAUGACCGUCGCUUUGAUGGGAUACUCUGCUGUCUUCAUGCGCUAUGCUCUCGCAGUUACCCCAAGGAAUUACCUCCUCUUCGGCUGCCAUGUCGUCAACUUCAGCGCACAAACGACGCAGGGAUACAGAUAUGCGAACUGGUGGAACUUUGGCGGACGGGAAAAGGCUAUGGAGGAGAGGGCAAAGAGCGGCAUUGAUGCCGCCGUGAACACUGCGAAGGAGACUGCAAGCGAUGCCUCUGCAAAGAUCAAGGGUGCUGCGAAUGACGCCAGUGCUAAGGCACAUGAGGCUGUUGAUAAGAUUGUAGGGAAGAAAUAAGUGUGGAUUAUAUAGACUUAGGACAGGGAAAUCCUCAACUGAACUCAUCUAUCUCACAUCUUAUAACGGUAUAAGGACACAUUCACUAUCGUCUUUCAAUCAGUUUUUGUCGUUCUUCUUCCCAUUUUGACCUACUCAGACGUGUUGACUCAUAUAGGGUUUUACACCCCUUUAGGCUGCUGUUAUCGAAC